AUGUCAGGCCUUCGCAAUGGCAGGAUCGCCUCCACCGCCUACAAGGCGCUAUCAACACAGUCCCCUCUGGUCGCCUCCGUCUCGAGAGCCGGUGCCGUCUCUCAGCGCGAGCCGGUAGCACCGGAGAAUGCCUCUCCCCUCGCGGCCCUGUCGGCCGGGGCGCUCUGCCGCUCGCUCUUCACAAACACCGUCUCGUCCACGCCGUGGCUGCUCUCGCCGGCCAUCUCCUUCCUCUCCUACCUCUGCCAGCCGCGGCGGCCGCUGCUCUUUGACGUCGAGCGUAACCGGCCUUUCGCCUGGCUCAUGAAGCAGACGGUGUACAAGCAGUUUUGCGGCGGCGAGACGCCGGCCGAGACAAAGGCGACGAUGCGCCGCAUGCGGGACAUGGGCUUCCGCGGGACCAUCAUCACGUUGGCUACAGAAACGGUGUUUGAUUACAGAAAGAACCUCGUUCACGGGCUAGGAGUAGAGGCUGGGGCCGGAGAGGGGGCCGCCAUGUGUCCGGCCAUCGCAGCCUGGCGCAAGCGAACCCUCGGAGCUGUCGAGCUGCUCGACGAAGGGGACCAGCUCGCCAUCAAGAUUACCGGAGCAGGACCUCUGGUCACGGAUGCCCUCGCCGCAGGAGAGCCUCUCCCGGCGCAGAUGCUGGACGCCCUGGACGAAAUCAGCACGCGGUGCAAGGCGCAGCGGGCGCGCAUCCUCAUCGACGCCGAGUCGCAGCUCUACCAGUUCGGCAUCCUCCAGGUGGGCCUCGACCUGAUGCGCAAGUACAACCGCGGCGGGCACGCCGUCAUCUACAGCACCUACCAGGCGUACCUCAAGAGCACGCCCGCGUCCGUGGCGCGGGACCUCGCAGCGGCGCUCGACGAGGGCUUCACUCUGGGGCUCAAGCUCGUCCGCGGCGCAUACCUGUCGACGGACAAGCGCAGUCUAAUCCACGACACCAAAGAGGACACGGACGCGGCGUAUGAUGCCAUUGCAUUGGGGGCGCUGCGCCAGGAUCUCUUGGGGUUCAGCAGCAGCAGCAGCAGCAGCGGUGUCGAGCAGCAGCGAACCGAAUGUAAAGGGACGCAACGGCGACCGUUCCCGUCGGUAAACCUGUUCCUCGCGAGCCACAACCGGGAGAGCGUGGUCGCGGCGCACGAGCUGCACAGGCAGCGCUCGGAGCAGGGCCUGCCGACGGUGCCGGUCGGGUUCGCGCAACUGCAGGGCAUGUCGGACGCGCUGAGCUUCGGGCUGCUGCGGCUCGGCGGCGCGCCCGAGGUGUACAAGUGCACGACGUGGGGGAGCCUGGCCGAGUGCCUGGGCUAUCUGGCGCGGCGCGCGUCGGAGAACCGGGACGCGGCGUCGCGGACGAGCGACGAGUUUGCGGCGCUCAGGGCGGAGGCGCGGAGGCGGCUGGGGAGGUUGUUGAGACUGCAGGGGUGA